GCGACCUUCAAGGGCUGGAUGGACAUCAUGUACGCAGCAGUAGAUUCCAGGAAGCAAGAAGAGCAACCCAAGUAUGAGGACAACAUUUACAUGUACAUAUAUUUUGUUAUCUUCAUUAUCUUCGGCUCCUUUUUCACCCUGAACUUGUUCAUUGGUGUCAUCAUUGACAACUUCAAUCAACAAAAGAAAAAGUUUGGAGGUCAGGAUAUUUUCAUGACAGAAGAACAAAAGAAGUACUAUAAUGCCAUGAAGAAACUAGGUUCAAAGAAGCCUCAAAAACCUAUUCCCCGACCUCUGAACCGCAUUCAAGGAGCCGUCUUCGACUUUGUCACUCAGCAAGCCUUCGAUAUAGUCAUCAUGAUGCUCAUCUGCCUCAACAUGGUGACCAUGAUGGUGGAGACAGACACGCAGAGCAAGCAGAUGGAGGACAUCCUUUACUGGAUCAACCUGGUCUUUGUCAUCUUCUUCACCUGCGAGUGUGUGCUCAAGAUGUUCGCCUUGCGGCACUAUUAUUUCACCAUCGGGUGGAACAUUUUUGACUUCGUGGUUGUGAUUCUGUCCAUCGUGGGAAUGUUCCUGGCUGAAAUCAUUGAGAAGUACUUUGUGUCGCCCACUCUCUUCCGAGUCAUCCGACUGGCUCGCAUCGGACGUAUCCUGCGUUUGAUCAAAGGAGCCAAAGGAAUCCGCACCUUGCUUUUUGCCUUAAUGAUGUCCUUGCCUGCCUUGUUCAACAUCGGCCUCUUGCUCUUCUUGGUCAUGUUCAUCUUCUCCAUCUUUGGCAUGUCAAACUUUGCCUACGUCAAGCAUGAGGCUGGCAUAGAUGAUAUGUUCAACUUUGAGACCUUUGGCAACAGCAUGAUCUGCUUGUUCCAGAUCACCACGUCAGCUGGUUGGGAUGGCCUGCUGCUGCCGAUCCUAAACCGGCCUCCAGACUGCGACCUGGACAAGGAGCACCCCGGGAGCGGGUUUAAGGGGGAUUGUGGGAACCCUUCGGUGGGGAUAUUUUUCUUUGUGAGUUACAUCAUCAUCUCCUUCCUCAUCGUGGUCAACAUGUACAUUGCCAUCAUCCUGGAGAACUUCAGCGUGGCGACGGAGGAGAGCGCUGAUCCACUCAGCGAGGACGACUUUGAGACCUUCUACGAGAUCUGGGAGAAAUUCGACCCGGAUGCCACGCAGUUCAUAGAGUACAGCAAGCUCGCGGACUUCGCUGAUGCUUUGGAACAUCCUCUCCGCGUCCCAAAACCCAACACCAUUGAACUCAUUGCCAUGGACCUGCCUAUGGUGAGCGGAGACAGGAUCCAUUGCCUAGACAUCCUGUUUGCCUUCACCAAACGUGUCCUGGGGGACAGUGGGGAGCUGGAUAUACUGAGGCAACAGAUGGAGGAAAGAUUUGUGGCAUCCAACCCUUCCAAAGUGUCUUAUGAGCCUAUCACAACCACGCUCCGGCGUAAGCAGGAAGAGGUUUCAGCGGUGGUUAUCCAGAGGGCUUACAGGGCUCGUUUAGCAAGACGGGGCUUUAUUAGCCGAAGGCCUGUCUCCACAAAACUGGAAAACGGAGGAGCAAACAGGGAGAAAAAAGAAGGCACCCCGUCCACCGCGUCUCUCCCGUCGUAUGACAGCGUCACCAAACCCGAGAAGGAGAAACAGCAGCGGGCGGAGGAAGGAAGACGGGAAAGAGCCAAAAGACCAAAAGACGUCAGGGAAUCCAAGUGUUGAGGCGAAGUAAUGGGUUUGUACAGAUUUCAAAUAAUUUGCAAG